GGGUUUUUUUUUUUUUAUUCUGGAGAAAGGCGGUUCCCAAAUAGCUUACUGUGUGAAAGUUUAUUUUACACAUAUAAAACAUUUACAGUUUUAUUUGUAGCAAGUGACGGGGUGGUUGCAAAAAAAAAAAAACUCGCAUCAGGGUCAAGACGCAGGCAGGAUCACCUGAAAUUUGAAAACGAAGCAUCAGUACUAACCGAAGCAAGCAGCUGCACUGUCAGGAAAGAUGGGGGACAAGGAGCUGAUGUGGUCCUUAAAAAAUGGAGAUCUUGAUGUGGUGAAAGAUUUUAUAGCCAAGGGUGAAGAUGUGAACAGGACACUGGAAGGGGGAAGGAAGCCACUACAUUACGCUGCAGACUGUGGACAGACUGAGAUGGUAGAGUUCCUCCUUUCUAAAGGAGCAGAUAUCAAUGCUCCUGACAAGCAUGGCAUUACUCCCCUCCUCUCGGCCACCUACGAGGGCCAUGUCACCUGUGUCAAGCUUCUUCUCUCCAAGGGUGCGGAUAAAGAAACGAAAGGACCUGAUGGGAUGAAAGCCUUUGAAGCAGCAGAGAGUGCAGAUAUCAAAGCUCUUCUAAAGUGAGAUGGAAAAGGAUGGAUUGAUGGAAAGCUAAAUGAUGAAUGCAUUUCCUUUGGCUUCGAGUUACUGCCUGCCUCUUCUCUCACUCUGUUGUCUGUUAUUGUCUCCUCCUCCAAUAAUGCAUCCCUUAAGGACCAUACUGAGGGACAGCGAAACAAAAACCAAACAUUUUCUAACAUACCAGAAAUGGUGCUUACUGUUGGUUUGCAAUUUUUAAAAAAAUGUAUCAUGAUAAUAAUAUUAAUAACCAACCAACGAAUCACCAAAGUUCACCUAAGUUGUAACAGUAAUAAAAACCAGAGCACUUCAACAUAAGGAAAGUAGUUGGUUAAGAAAAUACUGUUGGUACAGUAAAAUCACCUCAAUAAAAAAAAAACGUAAUCAUG